GUGGGAACUCCCUGGGGACUUGGGACAAGGCAUUAGUCAGCCAUGAUCUCAGCUGGUCUGUGACACUCCCACUCCCAUUAGGGCCUGUCUGACAUCACCCGGAAAGGAAGUGAGGCUGAUGCAAUGGGACCAAGGCAGUUGGUAGGAGAAAGUUUAUUCAGUGCCCGACUGCCCUGGUCCAUACUCCACCUUUCCGAUAAGGAUCCAGUUCCUGGAGGAGUGGGGGAGGGGCUGAGUGGUGGCGCUGCCUCUUUGCACUAAACAUCCAACAGCAGGAAGGAGGUGCAGAAACCGACCCGCUUGGCGCUUGUGGGCAGGCUCCAGCAGGAGGCAGACUUGGAACCUUUUGUGCAGCCUGGGUCAAGCUCAAAUGGCAUGUCACAGUGGUUUCCUCACUAGAUCUCAGACAUGCGGCUGGCCCCAGGCCCUCUGCCAAGGGGUGCUAAUGUUUUAGAGGUUCCCCUCCCCUCUGCCCACUGGUGGCUGGGCUCCUGCUGUGCACCAGCCCUCACACUUCUCACCAUGCAGUGGGCCAGGGCCCUUUGCCAGGGUGAGGGGCAAAGUGGGCUUCCUUCUCCAGGACACACACAGGCCCACCUAAAGUGCCGGGACCGGGCUGUGCCGCUGCGGUAGUUUUACUGUGAGCGAGAGCCCUUUCCAAUGUCCCUUUCUCUUCCUGGCCCCGGGCUUUGUGCUUCAGUGCCUUGGUUUUAAGGUGCCCUUAGGGUCUCACCUGGACUGUCACAGUUGGGGCAGAGAGCAGCCUUUGCUGUCUCCAUCCCUGGCAUGCACAGCCUGGAGCAGUGAUGGGUUCUCUCAUCAGGCUCACGCUUUGUCGGUUUCCAAAGGCUACGCCAAAGGCCGCUUCUCAGAGCGGCCCACCCAGGGCUCACCUCUGUGCCUGUGGCAUGCCUUGCCGCAUGGGAUGGCUCCUUAAGGGUCCGUGCUGCCCCAUCUUUCAGGACGAGCCCGUGCAGUGGGAGACACCUGACCUUUCUCAGGCUGAGAUUGAGCAGAAGAUCAAGGAGUACAAUGGCCAGAUCAACAGCAACCUCUUCAUGAGCCUGAACAAGGACGGCUCCUACACAGGCUUCAUCAAGGUGCAGCUGAAGCUGGUGCGCCCUGUCUCCGUGCCUGCCAGCAAGAAGCCUCCCACCUUGCAGGACGCCCGGCGGGGCCCAGGGCGGAGCACAGCCGUGAGGCGCCGCACCUCCUUCUACCUGCCCAAGGAUGCUGUCAAGCACCUGCACGUGUUGUCACGCACGCGGGCACGCGAGGUCAUCGAGGCCCUGCUGCGCAAGUUCUUGGUGGUGGAUGACCCCCGCAAGUUUGCACUCUUUGAGCGGGCCGAGCGCCACGGCCAAGUGUACCUCCGGAAGCUGUCGGAUGACGAGCAGCCCCUGCGGCUACGACUCCUUGCGGGGCCCAAUGAGAAGGCCCUGAGCUUCGUGCUGAAGGAGAAUGACUCUGGGGAGGUGAACGCCUGCUGGUUUGGCCAUGCCUGCUGCAGCCUUUGCCACCCUCCUCCCUGCAGUGGGAUGCCUUCAGCAUGCCUGAGCUCCGCAACUUCCUGCGCAUCCUACAGCGGGAGGAAGAGGAACACCUCCGCCAGAUCCUGCAGAAGUACUCCUGUUGCCGCCAGAAGAUCCAGGAGGCCCUGCAUGCCUGCCCCCUGGGGUGACCUCUUAUACCCCUGGGUGGAAGGAGGAGCGUAGGCAGCACAGAGGGUGUGCCGUGUGAGUGUGACAGGGCCUGUCUGGCCUGAGGAAUGAGUGUGCAUGGAGGCCCUCAUCUGGCUGGCGGAAUGAACCCAGAGAGCAGCAAAGGAGCGGGCCCCCUGUGUCCACCCAUGGGUGUAGCAGAGCAUCGCUCUGCACCCUCUGCCCUUCGUGUACUGAGGCAUGGUGGACAGGGUUACAGCAAGGGUAGAGCAGACAGAAGUCUCCUUAAUUUGUGUCUCAGAUACGAGAAUCUUGGAGACCCAACCAACAGAAUAGGGUCAUGUUUGCAGGGAUGAAGACCCUCAGCUAUGGGGAAGGGUUGUAUGUCUGGGAUGGGGUCUCAGGACCAAUAGUGGGUGUUGAAGACCAGGCAGGCAGCGAGGAAGAAUGCAGGUUUCCCUCUGCAGUGCCCUGGGCUCUGGCACACCCUGGAGUCCGCGUGCUGCUGCCACUGCAGCAACAGUGCCUCAGUGCGCCUCCAAGGAGGAGGACCUGGGCUGGGGUCUGUGGGCACUGGCUCAGGUCCAUGCCUUGUUUGCCAAUCAAAGCCAGGGUCUUACUUGGGGUAUUUUUCAUGAUGUGUGUGAAUGCAUAUUUUGUGGCCUCAGCUGAAUGCCUCCUGUGGGGAAAGGGGUGGGAAUGACAGUCAUCAUCAGGGCCUGGGGCUUGGGAAAACUUGGCUGAAUAAAGAUUCAAGACUCUC